UGCGUGUGCGCCUGGUCGUUGGAGACUGGUUAACAGGUCUGCGACCGAGGAGAGGAGCGUCCACUUCUUUUGCAUAAUCAUCCCCGGCGUGCCGUGCGCUCUGUGUUCUCUGGAGGACACCGGAGCUCCGCACAGCUGAGAUCAACACCUCUUUCCUGGGUAUUUGUUUCUUAGAUAAUAUUCACCGGGCUUUUUUUCCCUGUGUUGUGGCGCAACAGAGCGCUCAGCACUCCGGCUGAGGCUGCUCAUCUGGCAGCAGGUGGUGAGACAUGUGGACAGGGGAAGUCACCCGCUUCUCCCCGUGAUUGUCAGUGAACAGAUCAGUGCUAUAAGGUGCUCGCUCCGGACAUUAGAGGUGAGGAAAGUGACUCGGGAUGCUCGGCCAGUCUCCUCACCUUAUCGGGGGCAUCUUGUGGAUCCAGAAUCCAAUGAGAGCUGUUCACUGCAACCUGAGCCAGAAUGGCAUCGACCACCAGAUGUGCCCGGAGGACAUGACGUCACAGCUGGAGGAAGAGGAGGAGUCGGUGGAUGCGGGGCCUGUUCUGCUGGACGACGACAGCCCAAGCUACCAUGAUGUCAGCCCCCCCAUGUACCAGCGCCGCUCGCCGCCACACCGCUCUGUCUCCGAGUCUGAGCUGUCACGGCCAGGAUAUGUGAAGCUGUCCAAGCCAGUGGCCCUGUGGACCCAACAGGACGUGUGCAAAUGGCUGAAGAAACACUGUCCCAAUCAGCACCAGAUCUACAGCGACUCCUUCAAACAGCAUGACAUCACAGGGCGGGCUCUGAUGAGAUUGACAGACAGAAAGCUGGAAAGAAUGGGCAUCAUGCAGGAAGCCCAGAGGCAGCACAUCCUGCAGCAGGUCCUGCAGCUUCGCGUCCGGGAGGAAGUCAGGACCCUUCAACUUCUCACACAAGCCUCUCUGGAGUGCACUCCGUCUUCACCAUAGCCUGAUGGAGGACUAUCCAGUCACAAAAGGACGCAGAUACCCACCGCCUUGCCAACAUCCACCCCAAUUAUGUGAUCCCCAGACUUCUUCGUGGAACAAUCUCAGCUCUCCGUCUCACACCUCUGGUCUCCGUCCUCAUCCGAUCUGGAAAAAACCCAUGCCUUCUUCCCAGCCACUCCUGAGAAGCUCCCACGAGUUCUGACUUGCUGUUUCCUCACAGUCCAAACAAUUCCUCACAGCUUCCUGGAAUCUGACCCACAGUUUCCAUUUCAGGCGUCCCAUCUCCAGUCGUUUCUGACCUUUGCAGCCAAACCUCCACCAGACCUCUCACGCUAUAACUCCUCCACUCCUCUCAGAAUCACUUCACUCCCUCUCCCUCAAGAUCCAAGCCGACAGCCAAGCCCUUCCAACAAUUAAUCUACCCAGAAUUCAACACUUGCCUUGGCUGGGUUUCCUAAAAGCAUUUAAACACAAAGAUAAUCUCUGCACUGUCGCCUUGAGAUGGAACGAUAGUUUCAUGUGUGUGUGUGGAUUUGCUUUUAGAGAAAUCUACCCUACCCUCAGUGAAAGUGAUACCUAUAAUCCUCUUCUUCAUUUAAACUCAAACACAAUCUCUAGGUCUGUUUGUGACAUGUUGGCUCCUUCAUUGUAGCACCUAAAUGUCUAUUAUCUCCCAUGAGUACUCUUGUGGUGCACUUCUGAGCCUGGCUCUGCCCUACUCAGGGCUUUCAACCUAGUCGCUAGAAUAAAUGUUGGCAUGAGAUGUUUCUGCAGUCCAUGGAUGUUACAAUUGUAUGUUUCAUAUGUAGCGGAUAUGUUGAAACUUUACAUUUCUUGACCUUUCAUUUUUCAGUUGUAUGUUAUGACAACGCUGUGAUUAAUGUUAAGGCUCAAAAACUAGUAAGUGUUACGAAAACAUAAUGUUUGGGUUUAAAAUACCUUGUUGUGUUUCUACAAAUGCAGCUGGACAUGUCCCAAACAGUUGUUAAAAAAUACACCGUUUUGUGGGUUUUUUUGCUGCGAACAUGGUUGGACAUGUCCCAAACUGUUGUUAAAAUAUACCCAGUUUUGAUGCUACACAUAUGGUUGGACAUGUCCCAAACUGUUGUUAAAAUAUACCCAGUUUUGUAGCAACAAACCUGGCUGGACAUGUCCCAAACUGUUGUUAAAAUAUACCCAGUUUUGAUGCUACACACAUGGUUGGACAUGUCCCAAACUGUUGUUAAAAUAUACCCAGUUUUGAUGCUACACAUAUGGUUGGACAUGUCCCAAACUGUUGUUAAAAUAUACCCAGUUUUGUAGCAACAAACCUGGCUGGACAUGUCCCAAACUGUUGUUAAAAUAUACCCAGUUUUGUUGCUACAAACAUGGUUGGACAUGUCCCAAACUGUUGUUAAAAUAUACCCAGUUUUGUAGCAACAAACAUGGUUGGACAUGUCCCAAACUGUUGUGAAAAUAUACCCAGUUUUGAUGCUACACAUAUGGUUGGACAUGUCCCAAACUGUUGUUAAAAUAUACCCAGUUUUGUAGCAACAAACCUGGCUGGACAUGUCCCAAACUGUUGUUAAAAUAUACCCAGUUUUGUUGCUACAAACA